GUGCAGUAAAACUGACCGUUCACGCUUUACUAUAAUACACACUUGUAGAACAGUCUGUGAGAGACGUCUGCUCAUUCUCAAAGCAUUCCACAUUAUUCAAAAUGGCUGCGCCCAUGUUAAGAAGAUGUUGAAGAAAUGAAGUAAACACAAAUGUAACCAGUCGUGAAGAAAGACGAUAGUUGUGGACCAGGAAGGUCACGUGUUGACUGUGAUAUAAUGGCCGAAGAUAAACUGAAGGAUUUUGUCACGGCAGUGGAUGAUGAAGUAGCGAAACAAUCGUAUAAUAUAAAUUAUGGGGCCCAUAAAGUGGGGAUCACGGGACAAGAGUCGGCCGAUUAUUACACAAAUUGGGCGAGAACAGGCAAAUACGAUCAGGAUUUAUCAAAAGGUAAAAUCUACAAUGGACCUAUAGUUGCUGGUGCUGUCUUGGCGAAACACUACCCAACUAACAGAGAUAGUAUAAGUAUAUUAGAUAUAGCUGCUGGAACAGGAUAUGUGGCGGAAGAGUUAUUAAAAUAUGGAUUUAAGAUUAUAGAUGCGCUGGAUCCAUCAGAAGGGAUGCUGGAAAUCGCUAAAACUAAAGACUUGUACAGAAAAUAUAUCUGUGAUUUUCUAAAUGGUGGAAAUGUAUCGAUUCCUGAAGAUGACUAUGACUGUUGUGUUGUAUCUGGUGGAAUGGGUGAAGGUCAUAUACCAUGUUCAGGUCUCCAUGAAAUGAUCCGUGUAGUUAAACCAGGUGGGCUAGUUUGUAUAGUAAUGAGAGAAGAAUAUUUAUCAUAUGUUGAAGAUUAUAAAAAUAAACUAGAACCGCUGAUGGCUAAAUUAGAAAAGGAAGGAAAAUGGCGGCGAUUAUCACGUGACGUCAUCCCUAACUAUUCAUUUAAUAAAAAUGGCGUCGUAUUUAAGUACGAAAAGUGCUAAAAUAAA